AUGACGGCGUACUGCGACACGACAAACAUUUUUACCAUUUUAAGAUUUCCAUUGAUAACGUUGCCGGUGUACGAUGUAAUCCACGCGAUACCGCUGCCGGUACACGACCACGGUGAAAGCUUUGCAGCAAUAGAAGUCGAGAACUCGUGGAUUGAACGCGGAAACACAUACGUCUAUAGUCCUAACAUACAAUGUCGAAUGGCAGGAACUGCUAAUGAUUACAUCGGCACAUUAUCAACUACUCGUUCAGGACGAACUUGUGCAAAAUGGUUAAAUAAUUAUGAUUUCGAACAGAUACAAAGCUCGAAUACAUCAUUGAAAACAAAACUUUCUCUGGAGUCCUUACGAUCGAUUCACACAAAAUCUCGUUGGAAACACCACUUGAUGACGAAGCGAAAUAUUUUAUCGAGAUCAUCACUUAUGAAACCAUUCUUAUCAAAUUCAUCACAAUCAGAAUUUAUAGCUAUCAAACCUAUUCACUUUGUUGACCAAACGUAUUUAAAUGAUAGUCUUUAUCCUGAACGUAGUGUACGAGAUGCCAAUAAUUAUUGUAGAGAUCCUUCGCGUAAUAUUGCUGGUACAUGGUGUUACACAACAGAUCCAUUGGUACCGCAGGAUUUGUGUGAUAUAAGGGAUUGUGAGAAACCAGAAGAAUGUACAUUUUUCGUAAAAGGACAUGGAAUUGGACGACGAUUAUAUGUUUUACCAGAAUAUCGUACAGAAGGCUUACAUUUUUCAUUGAAAGCAUGGGAACCUGAUCAGCCGGAUUCCAUAACAUUUGUAUUCACUGCUGAUGAUGGAUUAAAAUCUCGUUAUAUUCUUAAGAUUGGAGCUUUAGAUAAUGAGAAAGUACUUCUCUAUUAUCAAUCGGAAGAAAAAGAUAUAAUUUUGGUAAAAAAAAAAACAUUACCACAUUUAUUAUAUCUUGGAAAAUGGAGUAGCUUUGUUAUUCGCAUACCUCGAGGACAUGUUCUUCUUUAUUAUGAAGGAGCAUCAAAUCCACUGUUUGAAUGGAAACAUCCUGAACCAGCCAAAGCGUUUUUACCAAUUUAUUAUUAUUAUAAUAGCGAGAAAGGACAUGCAAUAGGAGUUGCUUUUGAUUGUGCUUCAAGAUGCCAUAUAGAGAACACACAAACCGAUCGUUAUACUAGAAUACUACCACUAUCAACGUGGUCCAAAGAAGAUAUAGUCAGACCCAAUAAACUAAUGUUAAUGAUCCGUGCCAAAGGUGUGGUUUUAAUACCAUUACUUUUACUACCUGCAACACCAGGAUUUUAUGUGCUUACACUGGGUAAACAAGGUCAAUGGAUAUAUUUUCUAAAAAAUACAUAUCCCAGAGUAAGAAUUUAUCACAAACAGAAAGUACUCAAGCCUAUAUUUAAUACGAAUUACUGGACAAAUAUUACCAUAAAAUGGUCUGAAAAUACAAUCCAAAUAUUUUGCAAUGAGACAAACGUAUUUUAUUAUAUGCAUCGUCAACCGCUCAUCUUUUAUUUUUUUUCGCUUGCUGUGGAUUUGAAAGGUUGGGCCACUUGGAGUGCGAAUUGUAUACCAUCAGAUAUAGAUGGACCACCCUUAGAUGGCGGUUGGUCAGAAUGGGGACCAUGGCUGUGCAGUGUUAGUUGCAAUGGUGGCAUAGGAACUAGAAGACGAUAUUGUAAUUCACCAGAACCUAACGUAAGGGGUGAACCUUGUAUAGGACCCAGUAGCAUGACAGGUCAUUGUAAUACGAUCCUUUGCGGUGAUAUAACUGAUGACACCGUUACAUUAAUAAAAAGAGUAAUCACACAUAAUCAUACUGCUCUUACUGUAGAGGAAUAUGCAUCAAUAUCACUUCUCUCAGAUUCUAUUAUCGUGAAUUCCAUCAGAGGUGAAUCAUCUGAUUCUGAAAUACAAUGGUCUCAUAAUGGAAUUUUUAUUCAAAGCAAUCAACAUAGAUUAGAGGUUAAAGAUUAUGAAAUCAUAAUAAAUAGAGCAGUAUUAAAUGACUCGGGCGUAUAUACACUCACUGUACAUCGAAUAGAUGGAACAUAUAUGAUAAUUAAGGUGAUAACUUUAGCAGUGAUUCCGAUUAAGGAAAGCAUUACAAUUCGCGAAACUUUAUCCAUGCACGUAGUAUGCCAUUGUGCUAUCCUCGGUUAUGUAUAUUCCGAUUUGAAAGUGUAUUGGAUGAUUAAUGAUAAUGUAUGGAAAGAUUAUGGAGUUACAUUGCCCGUGGCAGUAAAUGUUGAUUAUAUUCCCAUUGUAAAUAAAUCUCAUCACGGUACAUGGAAAUGCAUUGUGGAACAAACUGACUUAAAUUUUAAAUGGAUAACAAAUAUAAUCCGUGUGAAAGGUAUGAAAUAA